AUGUCCCCCCUCUCCUUCCGCCAAACCAUCGGCCUCCCCCGCUCCACCGCCACCACCCAAGACUCAACCCUGAUCAUCAUCGACGCGCAGAACGAAUACGCGCAAGGAAGACUCGCCGUCGAGCACGUCUCCGCCAGCCGCAAGGUCAUCUCUGACCUGCUGAACCGAUACCGUCGCGGCGGGCACAAUGGCAAGAACAUCGUGCACGUGGUGCACGAGACGCCCGCGGGAGCACCAGUGUUCACGAGCGGCACCGAGCUGGCGCGGGAAUUCGAGGAGCUGACGCCCGCGGCGGGCGAGAAGGUCGUGACGAAGAACUUCCCGAGCUCGUUUGCCCAGACGGAUUUGCAUGCGUAUCUGAGCGGGUUGGGGCCUGUCGGGAAGAAGAUCGUGUUGGUGGGAUAUAUGGCGCAUGUGUGUGUGUCGACGACGGCGAGGGCGGGGAGUGAGUUGGGGUAUGAGGUUUUGGUGGCUGGUGAGGGCGUUGGGGAUCGCGAUAUUCCUGGUGUGAAGGCGGAGGAACUGGUGUCGACUGUGCUGAGCGAGUUGGAUGAUGCGUUUGGGACGGUCGUGUCGGCGACGGAGAUUCAGGGGUGA